GUCUCAAUGGAUAUGUGGACCUUUUUUUAUAUUUGCCUGGCGUCCGUAUGGCUGCACAGAUUUUACAUCUAUUCUGCUGUUGCUUUUGGGAUCAGCAUUUGGAUUGUUUUUCAGUUCACCGCCACCAGAACCAAGAAGAAGAGUGAAAAAUCCACUGUGAAUCCAGCUGCUUCUGUAGGAAUAGAAGACACACUAGUAAAUGGAUAUGCCACCCUGCAGGCAAAGGAGGUCUCUGUUGCUGGAGUGAAGAUAUUCUAUGGGUCUCAAACUGGCACAGCAAAGAGAUUUGCUAAAGGUCUUGCUGAAGCAGUUAUUUCCCUUAAUUUGCCUGUGGAAGUCAUUAGCAUGGGAGACUAUGAUCCAGAUGAUUGUUUAGCAGAGGAGACAAGCAGCAGGAACAUUUGUGUGUUCUUGGUAGCUACAUACACAGAUGGACAGCCAACCGAGAGUGCCGCGUGGUUCUGCAAGUGGUUAGAAGAGACUGCGAAUGACUUCCGCGUUGGGAAAACUUAUCUGAAAGGCCUGAGAUACGCUGUGUUUGGCUUGGGAAACUCAGUUUAUGUUGAUCAUUACAACACAGUUGGAAGAAAUAUUGACAGGUGGCUGUGGAUGCUCAGUGCCAGCCGUAUCAUGACUCGUGCCGAGGGGGACUGCAACGUGGCCCAGAGCAAACAUGGCAGCAUUGAGGCCGACUUUGAAGCCUGGAAAGCCAAGUUCCUUGGUCGGCUCCAGGCCCUCUGCAGAGGGGAAAAGAAGCCCUGCAGUGGGAAGUGCAAGAAAGGGAAGUGCAAAUCUCCAGGGAAGCAGAGGAAGGAGGGCUCAGAUCACGAACAUAGGGCAUCAGAAUACGAGAAUGCUGAGGCAGAGGACUUCUUUGAAACCAGUAGCGAGGAGGAGGCUGAUGCUGAGGAAGCUGGAGGCACAAAUUCUGUCGUUGAUGUUGAAGAUCUCGGCAAUAUCAUGAGCCACAUGAAGAAAGCAAAGAGAGAACGUGAGCUCGAGGAAGGAGAUACUGGAACUGGCUUGCCUCACGAGAAUGCUGGGAGGAAGGAGGAGGGUGAAAAGAGAGAGAUGAUAACCCCGGCUCUGAGAGAAGCGCUGACAAAACAAGGUUACAAACUGAUUGGAAGCCAUUCUGGGGUGAAGCUCUGUCGGUGGACAAAGUCGAUGCUGCGAGGCAGAGGAGGCUGCUACAAACACACGUUUUAUGGAAUUGAGAGCCACCGCUGCAUGGAGGCCACGCCGAGCCUGGCUUGCGCAAACAAAUGCGUCUUUUGCUGGAGACAUCAUACAAAUCCAGUGGGCACAGAGUGGCGAUGGAAGAUGGACCAACCUGAAAUGAUCUUGCAGGAGGCUAUUGAGAACCAUCAGAAUAUGAUCAAGCAGUUCAAAGGCGUGUCAGGAGUAAAAGCAGAUCGCUUUGAGGAAGCAAUGACGGCGAAGCACUGCGCAUUGUCACUGGUGGGAGAGCCCAUCAUGUACCCAGAGAUCAACCGUUUCGUGCAGCUCCUGCACCAGCACAGCAUCUCUAGUUUCCUGGUUACAAAUGCACAGUUCCCAGAGGAGAUUAGGAACCUUGGGCCAGUAACACAGCUGUAUGUCAGCGUGGAUGCCAGCACCAGAGAGAGCCUGAAGAGAAUUGAUCGACCUCUCUUCAAGGACUUCUGGCAGAGGUUUCUAGAGAGUUUAAAGGCCUUGUCUGAAAAG